AUGUCGCAGGACUCGAAGCUGCACCGUGCGUGCCUGGACGGCAAUCUCGGCCUUGUGAAACAGUACCUUGCCGAGGAUUCGAGCGAGGCGCAUCUUAAUGAGCGCGAUGCCGACGGACGCACGCCGCUGCACUGGGCGGCCUCCGGCAAUGACAAGCUGGACAUUGUCAAGGCGCUUUUCGCCGCCGGCCCUGUGCACGUCGACGAGCGCGAUGGCAGCAGCUGGACGCCCCUGAUGAUUGCGUCGUCGGCCGGCGCGGACCGUAUCGUCGAUUUCCUGCUGGAGCAUGGCGCCGAUCCCAGUGCGAGCAAUGUGCGCAAGCUGACCGCGCUGCAUUAUGCGAGCAGCAAGAACCACCCCGCGAUCGUGCGUGCGCUCCUCGAGGCGGGCGCAGAUGUGAAUGCGCAGGACGGCGCGCUGCAGCGCCCUAUCCACCGUGCGGCGAGUGCCGGCCACGAUGCCGUGAUCCGUGCGCUGCUCAACCCCCCCGCGCGCGGCGACGGGUCAGCGGCCGCCAAGACGCGUGUCAACCCCGCGGACCGUCUCGGAAAUACGCCGCUGCACCUCGCGGUCGAGUCCGGCCACUCGCAGACGGCCGCGAUCCUGAUCGGCGAGGGCGGCUGCGACCGCAACCGCCCCAAUGCCGACGGUAUCAUUGCCGAGCAGAUGGAAGGCGUCGGUGGCCUGGAGCAGAAGCGUCUGCGCGACUUUUUGGUCAACUCUUUUGGUGCACCGUAG